AAAGGAAUAUGAAAAGGAAUAUAUAUAUUCUUUUAUGUAUAUAUGUAUAACUGAAUUACUUUACCAUACACCUGAAACUAACACAACAUUGUAGAUUAACUAUACUUCAAUAAAAAAAAAGAUGUCUGCUGAAAAAAAAAAAGGGAUUAGUACAGAGGAAGGGAAAUGCAGCACACAUUUUAAAAUCUAAGACAUGGCCAGAUUUUAUUUUUAGAAAAUGUUAAAUCCAUAUGUUGUAAAUAAAUAAUACAUGUGUGGCUUUGGGUGGGAGCCUGGUUGUCAGUGUUCACUCGGCAUUUGACCUUAAUAGAAUCAUGAAUUCAUGGCCCUUUUGAAAUUUGGCUACUCUGCUAGUGUGAAAUUAAUGACAUCGGCAGCAUCUUGCUUUCUUUUUGGAAUGGCUAUAGAGCUGGCAGUUAAGCUCUCACCCAUGCUCUCUCCCCUCUUGUUUUUGAAAUAAAUGCACAUUUUCCUUGGCUCUGUGUGCUCUGCCUCUGAACUCCGACAUAUGGAGGAGCUAGUUCUGAUCAAUGGGAUCCAUUCUAUUCCAGGAGCUCCCAGAUUCCUUGAAGGAGCAGACGCACCUGAAAGAAUGGCACAUAAGCAAUACCCUGAUUCAGAUCAUUCCUAAGUAUAUCGAGCUGUUUCAAGCCGUGAGGAUUCUGGAUCUGCCAAAAAACCAAAUCUCCUGUCUUCCAGCUGAAAUUGGUCAUUUGAAGAACCUGAAGGAGCUCAAUGUGCGUUUCAACCGUCUGAAGAGCAUUCCUCCAGAACUGGGAGACUGUGAAAAUCUAGAGAAACUGGAUUGUUCUGGAAAUCUAGAAUUAACUGAGCUCCCCUUUGAAUUAAGUAAUUUGAAGCAAGUUUCAUUCGUAGAUAUCUCAGCAAACAAGUUUUCCAGUGUCCCGAUCUGUGUCCUGCGGAUGUCUAAUUUGCAGUGGUUGGAUAUCAGCAACAAUAACCUGAAUGACCUGCCACAAGACAUAGACAGGCUACGAGAACUGCAGACCUUUCUCCUGUAUAAGAACAAGCUGACCUAUCUUCCCUUUGCCUUGCUUAACUUAAAGAAGCUCACCUUGUUAGUCGUCAGCGGGGACCACUUGGUGGAGAUCCCGACAGCCCUUUGUGACUCAUCCACACCUUUAAAGUUUGUAAGUCUUAUGGACAAUCCUAUUGAGAUUACCCAGUGUCAAGAUGGUAAUGAAACGAUGGAAAGUGAACAGGAUCGCCAACAUUUUGAUAAAGAAGUUAUGAAAGCCUAUAUUGAAGAUCUUAAAGAAAGAGAAUCUGUUCCCAGCUAUGCCACUAAAGUAUCUUUCAGCCUUCAGCUUUGAUGCCAUCCAUCAGAAGACUACUGAAUUUUCCUGACUUGUGGAGCUGUAAAUCUUCCUGUUGUGGGUCAUGUCAUAGAGGAAUAAUGGCUUAUGCUUAAAGACAAAGUCUAGAAACCAUGGUCAUAGUUGUUAGGAAAGAUGAUUUUCAAAUUUCAAAUAUGUGAGUACCUCUCUCUGUGGACUGGAGAAUUGAUAAAUGGCUUUAUAUAUUGAUAUUUAAAGGUUCAUUUGCAUACACUUGUUUCCAAAAAAUGCACAUUUAAUAUUUUAGAAAAUGUGUUAUUUAAAAAAAAUUAUCACUUAAAGACCAAAUUUUGAAGUUGAUUGCAUUGUUUUCAGGAAUCUGGAGAUAAAGGGAUGGAGAGAAGAGUAUUUAUACUGGACUAGUCAGAUGAGACUUUAUUUUGUUAUUUUGAAAGAGUUUUAAUGCAUUAUUUCUUUUACUGAGGACAGUUUUCCUUGAGUUUAUACAAAUGGCUAUUUUCAUGUUUUAAGUUAUAUUUUACAAGUGUAGGCUUUCAGGAAAGACUUUAGGUAUAAUCUGGACCUUGAGGGCAGAAAGAAGGGCUGGAUCGUCUGCCCAGGCAUGGGGCUUAGAUGGUGUGCUGGUGGCCCUAGUGGAGCAAGUGUGGGCCUGGCUGGUCCUGGGAAGCCUUGCGUGGCCUGCAUGGAUGGUCAGCCUGCCUUGAGUGGGCCCCUUGGGGGUCCUGGGAAGCCUUGCGUGGCCUGCAUGGGUGGUCUGCCUGCCUUGAGUGGGUCCCUUGGGGGUCCUGGGGCACCUGCCAGAGCACAGAGCAGAGGUCUUGCUUCCAGGGACCUGUCCUCCAAGGUGGCCAUGUAAGUAGUGGGAAUGACUAGUCCACACUCAUGAGGAGUCCCUAGCAAGGCUUCCCUGCAGAUACCACAGGAGAACUCUGCCUGUGGCCAAGACGCUGCGGUCCAGAGGGAGCUCAGGAGACUGGGUUUACAUUGGCACAGAAGGUAUUCAUUACAGGGCUUUGAACUUUGAUAUCACAUUGUAGGAUUUGGAGAAAUUGUACAAAUAUCUAUUUUUAUUCUAUUAUCUUGGGCUAAAAUAAACAGGAUUGUGAAUGUGUUGAAGCUAAGUUUAAACAAGUAGCUUUUGUGACUAAGAUGGAAAAAAUGCAUAUCUUCACAUAUAUUUAUAGAUGAAUCGACUCCUAUAUGGUCUAGCCCAGUGGUGUCCAGUAGAACUUUAUGCAGUGAAGGAAAUGUUCUGCAUCUGUGCUGUCUAAUUUAGUAACCACCAGAUGCAUGUGCUUCUUGAGCUCUUGAACAGUGUCUGGUGUGACUGAAGAACUAAAUUUUUAAUUACAUUUAAAUUUAAAUAGCCAAAUGUAGCUACCAUAUUGUACAAUACCGUCGAGCCAUUUGGGUUUUUCAGAAGUUAAUCUGGGCUAGAAAUGAAGAGUGAUUUUUAUUUUCUUAUCUGAAGAACCAGUCUACCCCCAGAGGGGUUAAUACUGACACCCAAUAUUUUGUCUUAAUAGGUUUAAUCAUAACUCUAAAUAUUUUAUCCUCAACAGACAUAAAGCAGGCAGAACAGUCUAAAGCCACAUAGUAAUGCUUCAGUAGAGUACUGCUUCAACUUAAAGACAAACUCUGAGAAGUAGGUUAAGAGAUGGAAAGAGUAGGAAAAUGAGAAAUCACUUUAACUGAACCUCAAACAAUUGUAUUUUUCUUUAUAACACUUUACAAAUAUAAUGCAGAUUUAUUAGUUGUACUACGUGAAUGAUUUUGGAAUUUUAUUUCAUGCUACAGUAUAUGUUACAUACAGCCAAAUGGAAAAUAUAUCUGAAAAGGGGGGAAAUGAGGGCUUUCGCAUAAAUUGACUGUCCAUAACUCAUGUAAAAUUUAUUUCAAUAAAACCAGUCUUUUGUGCAAAAACCUUA